AUGCAGAAUGCGCUAAAUUCUCACCAGAUGGGCAAUUCCUUGUCUCGUGCUCUAUUGAUGGGUUUGUCGAGGUAUUAUUUUGGAAACUGCUUCCAGGUGUGGGAUCAUGUAAGUGGAAAGCUCAAAAAGGAUCUUCAGUACCAGGCUGAUGAAACUUUCAUGAUGCAUGAUGAUCCUGUCCUCUGUGUUGAUUUUAGCCGAGAUUCUGAGAUGCUUGCAUCUGGAGCCAAAGAUGGGAAGAUCAAAUUCUCUAGAUGGUUGUGCAUCUUUAAAUUAUCCAUGAAGUUCAUAAAGCUUCCUUCUGAGAGAAUAGAGGAAUUAGUUUAUAAAGAUAUUAUGAAGUAUGAGUUCUUGAGAAAACUUGAUAACUUUACUGGGAGCGGAAAGUCUCAGGUGAAAUUUGCAUUGCUGGUCUGGCGUAUACGUACUGGCCAAUGCUUGCGUCGUCUUGAACGUGCACAUUCUCAGGGAGUCACAAGUCUUGCCUUCUCUCGUGAUGGAAGCCAGCUGCUAAGUGCAUCCUUUGACAACACUGCCAGAAUCCAUGGCCUAAAAUCUGGGAAGUUGUUAAAAGAAUUCCGUGGCCAUUCAUCAUAUGUGAAUGAUGCCAUCUUCACUAGCGAUGGAACUCGUGUUAUUACUGCCUCCAGUGAUUGCACAGUCAAGGUUUGGGAUAUGAAGAGCACUGACUGUAUACAUACAUUCAGGCCACCACCACCAUUGAGGGGAGGUGAUGCUUCUGUGAACUCUGUUCAUCUUUUCCCAAAAAAUACUGAUCAUAUUGUUGUAUGUAACAAGACAUCUUCGAUAUACAUUAUGACACUUCAAGGACAGGUUGUGAAGAGCUUUUCUUCCGGUAAAAGAGAAGGUGGAGAUUUUGCUGCAGCCUGUGUAUCACCGAAAGGGGAAUGGAUCUACUGUGUUGGUGAAGACAGGAAUAUUUACUGCUUCAGCUUCCAAUCUGGCAAACUAGAGCAUCUAAUGAAGCAACUUCCAUUUGUCAAGGAGCCGCCUGUAACUGGCCAGUCAGAGUCCGAGAGGCAGGAACCGGUAGGAAGGGUUGAUUUUAGAUUGAAGACUGUCCAUGAAAAUGAUGAUUUAUUGCCUCUCCAUCGACUAGCAACCUCUCUUCCGGUUGCAGGGGCGGAUAGUCGUGAAAGAAGAAUUGGGGUUGGGCAGAGCCAAUUAGGGUUUGUUAAAAUGGGCUGUUUUGAUUUUGCACUGUUGUUUUAUUUUAAAAUGUUGGGUUGUGGUGUUUUGCCUGAUAAGUAUACUUUGCCUCCUGUGAUUAAGGCUUGUAAUGGUUUGAAUAAUGUGAGAUUAGGGAAGGUGGUUCAGGAUAUGAUUUUGGAGAUGGGUUUUGAGUUGGAUAUGUUUGUUAGUAGUUCUUUGAUGAAGUUGUAUGCUGAGAAUGGCUGUAUAGAGGAUGCCAGGAACUUGUUUGAUAAAGUGAUUGAUAAAGAUUGUGUUUUGUGGAAUGUGAUGAUAAAUGGUUAUGCGCAGUGUGGGGAAUCUGAUAGUGCUAUCAAACUGUUUAAGUAUAUGAGGAGUUCUGAAGCUAAGCCUGAUUCCGUGACGUUUGCUUGUAUUCUUUCUGUCUCUAGCUCUGAGCCAAUGGUUGAGUAUGGGAGACAGCUUCAUGGGCUUGUUGUUCAUAGUGGGUUGGAAUUUGAUCCUCUGGUGGGGCAUACACUAGUGACUAUGUAUUCGAAAGGCGGGCAUUUGGGUGAUGCGCGUAAGUUUUUUGAUGUGAUGCCUCAGAUUGAUUUGGUUGUUUGGAAUAGGAUGAUCGGUGGAUAUGUACAAAACAGGUUUAUGGAUGAUGCUUCAACGUUGUUUAAUGAGAUGAUAUCUGCCGGCCUUAAACCAGACUCGGUCACUUUAACUAGUUUCCUUCCAUCAGUUACUGAGUCAUUGAAUCUCAGACAAGGUAAGGAAAUUCAUGGUUAUAUAGUGAGGCAUGGUGUGAUUUUGGAUGUGUACUUGAAGAGUGCUCUUAUUGACUUAUACUUUAAAUGCAGGGAUGCCGUGAUGGCAUGCAAGAUUUUUAACCAAAGUACAACAUUUGAUAUUGUAAUAUGCACGGCUAUGAUUUCAGGCUAUGUGCUUAAUGGUAAGAAUAAUGAUGCUUUAGAAAUCUUUAGGUGGUUACUUGAAAAGAAGAUGAUUCCAAAUGCUUUAACCUUUUCAAGUCUAUUGCCAGCAUGUGCUGGUUUGGCUGCUCUAAAAUUGGGGAGGGAAUUGCAUGGUAACAUCCUCAAGAAUGAGUUAGAAGGGAACUGUCUUGUGGGAAGUCCAAUUAUAAACAUGUAUGCAAAAUGCGGAAGAUUGGAUCUUGCAUACCUAGUUUUUGGUAGAAUAUCUGAAAAGGAUGCAAUUUGUUGGAACUCGAUAAUCAUAAGCUGUUCCCAGAAUGGCAAACCAAAGGAGGCCAUUGAUCUUUUUCGUAAAAUGGGGAUGGAAGGAAUGAAGUAUGACUACGUGAGUGUUUCAGCUGCCCUCUCUGCUUGUGCAAACAUUCCAGCGCUUCAGUAUGGGAAAGAGAUACAUGGUUUUAUGAUCAAAGGUGCAUUUGAUUCUGAUCUUUUUGAUAUGAGUGCACUGAUGGAAAUGUAUGCCAAAUGUGGGAAGCUAAAUAUUGCUUGCCAGGUUUUCAACUUGAUGCAGGAGAAGAAUGAAGUUGCAUGGAAUACCAUCAUUGCUGCUUAUGGGUACCAUGGUCGCCUUGAGGAUUCUCUUGCUCUGUUUCAUAAUAUGUUGGAAGAAGGAAUUCAGCCAGAUCAUGUCACCUUUCUUGCUAUUUUAUCUUCUUGCGGCCAUACUGGGCAGGUCGAGGAUGGUGUUCACUACUUCCACCUCAUGACUGAGGAAUAUGGUAUCCCAGCUCAGAUGGAGCAUUAUGCUUGCAUGGCAGAUCUGUUUGGCCGUGCAGGCUGUUUGGACAAAGCAUUUGAAAUCAUAAAAAGCAUGCCAUUUUCACCUGAUGCUGGUGUUUGGGGCACUUUGUUGGGAGCCUGUCGGGUUCAUGGCAAUGUUGAACUCGCUGAAGUGGCUUCAAGAUAUCUACUUGACAUGGACCCAAAAAAUUCUGGUUACUAUUUAUUGCUUUCACAUGUACUUGCUGAUGCUGGACAAUGGAGGAGUGUGCAGAAGAUACGACAUUUGAUGAAAGAAAGAGGAGUCCACAAAGUUCCUGGAUGCAGUUGGGUUGAGGUCAACAGCACCACUCAUAUAUUUUAUGCUGCAGAUGGAAGUCACCCAGAGUCUCCUCAGAUCUAUUAUUUACUGAAGUGUCUCCUCCUGGAGCUAAGAAACGAGGGUUAUGUUCCUCAAGCUAUAUGA